AUGCACCGCGCUGGCGUUACUCCGGAUGAUUACAUAUUCGCGAAUAUUUUGCAUGGUUACGUAAAAUGCAGGUUACCAGAUGAGGUGGCGACAACUCAGGAUGUAAUGUCCAAACUGCAUUAUUGGCCGUCCACGUUGGCGACAGAACAUCUUCUAUAUGCGUAUGCAGACCUUGGAGACAGCACGAGUCUGUUGGAACUACUUCAAGAAAGUUUGGCCAAAACGGAUGCCCCAUUUCCUCCACGAGUUUUCGCUGAUCUGUACGCUAGGCUAGCGAUGACCCCAAACUUUAACGAGAAUGAGCCUGCGGCCGUAGAGCUUUUAUCGCUGCUAGCUCAACGCGAUCAGCGGUUUGACGACUUCAGACUCGGCUUACCCUUGGGAAAAUUGAUAUCUUCGGGCCACAUCGCAGCCGCCGUAAAUAUGCUUAAGGCAACCCAACCCCAUAACUUCUCUCCGCGCUUCUUAGCCUCUUUUCCUGAACUGCUUGCCCAAGGAAAACACUCUCACGAAUCGCUGGUGCGGUUGUGGUCGGCAUCUAACAGUUUGCCCCGGAUGUUCGAACUGGUGCGUUUUAUGCCUACGGAGAGCAUGCUACUGACUUUGAAGUGUAACUUACCUAUUCGACCGGAGUCUCUCUGGAACCUGACAAAUUUCAUCGUCCGGCAUGUUGUCCGCCAGAAGGAUCGCGAACGCCUUUUGGAAGUUGGCAAAAUUCUCGCUAAACAAAAGCCCCACCUCCACUAUAUGCUUGUUGUCCCAAGACUGCUGACAAUGGGCAUGACACCAGACGAGAUAUUUUCACACUACCAAAGUAAAGAGCUGGCUUCCUCGAGUGCAUUAGGUUGCAUUAUCAAAGAAUUAUGUCCCGCCAUCGAAUUCACUAGCGAUUCGGAUCCAGCGACGUCGGCGACCAACCUGGACGAGGCGAAGGCACUGGUCUCCAAAUUUACCUCAUCGAACCUGCUGCCUUUUACUGGCUAUUUGUCUUUUAAUAGUAGUCCCGCGCUAAUGUUGCUGCGUGGCGCCCUUCGUCAUUCCUUUGAGAAGGCCUCUUCUGGCGAUGGUGCAGGGAAAAUUUCUCAGGCUAAACUUGACGACUGGUUAGAAAUCCUACUCCAGUGUUUCCCCAAGGAGAGACAGCCGAUCUUGGCGGGAGCCCUCCUUCGGACGUGUCUCGAAAUUCCACAGCCUCGUGAAGCAGAGACUGUGACGUCUGCUGAGCAGCCGAAAAAUCGGCCCCUCUUCGUCGAUCCACAGAUCCGCAAGAAUCUAACCAUGGGUCUGUCAAGGUUCUUCUCGAAGAAGGCCCACUCCCUCGGAUUAUUCGCGUCAUGGGAAAGGUCGAAGUUCGAUGUCUUAGCUCAACAGCUGCGUUCUGGAGACAUAGAAGGUCCCCUCUCUGAAAUUAGACAACUCGAAAAACCCGUCUCCGGUGAGAACAGUCAGGCGAAUUUCCUGACGAACCCGCAGCAAGACCUGCUUGAUGUUGCGCUCUCCACGGGAGCAGUCACAGCCGCCGAGAAGCAACCGGAGCAGCCCUUCUCGACCCCAAUAAGCCAACCGGCCCGCUUCAGCCCGGCGCAAUUGGAAGACUUAUUUUGGGCCCUCUGGCACGUUUCGGGCCUCCGAAGACCCAUUAUAACGGCUGUCUUUUCUGUUUGCAGGUCGGAUUUCCCCAACCUUCUUAAAUUCCUUGACAAAGUAUCUGAACAGGCAUCCAAUCUCCUCAGUAACAUCUCCCAACCUCUCCUUACCUCCAUGCUGCGACUCGACGCUAAAGGAACCCGCGAAUUUUUUGAAAAAGCCCUUCUCAAAGACACUCUUUCGAUUGCCUCGAGCGUCUCCCUGGCGCACAAUUUCAUGUCUGCUCAGGCUGAAUUCGAAAAGCAGAAGUCUUCUACCUCCGCUAGUGACACCACCACCGGUGCUGGCACUCCGCUCGGUGUCAAGGUAAUUUAG